GUCAGAAGACUUGUCUCCACUUACAUGGUAUCUUUCCUUACAUCUAUGUACCAUAUGAUGGUUUUGGACAGCAUCCAGAAUACUAUCUUCGUCAAGUGGCAUUCAGCAUUGACAGAGCACUUAAUGUGGCUUUAGGCAAUCCAUCUUCUACUAUUCAACAUGUUUUCAAAGUGUCAUUAGUAUCUGGAAUGCCUUUUUAUGGUUACCAUGAAAAGGAGAGACAGUUUAUGAAGAUUUAUCUUUACAAUCCUGCAAUGGUAAAAAGAGUAUGUGAGCUUCUUCAAGGUGGAGCCAUAAUGAACAAAUCUUACCAGCCCCAUGAAGCCCAUAUUCCCUACCUCCUUCAACUCUUUAUAGACUACAACUUAUAUGGAAUGAAUUUAAUAAACCUGGCUGCUGUCAAAUUCAGAAAAGCAAGGAGAAAAAGUGAUACAUCAGGCAUAAGUAAACGUCAUAGAAUUCAUUUUCCAGAAAAUUCAAACAGCGCAUCUUUCAUUGAAUGGGAAGAAGAUGAAAUACCAAGCUCUUUACUGUUGAAAGGUGUUGAGCCACAAAGUACCUGUGAAUUGGAGGUGGAUGCAGUAGCUGCUGACAUUUUAAAUCAACUGGAUAUUGAAGCCCAGGUUGGCAGGAACCCUGGUUUGCAAGCUAUAUGGGAAGAUGAAAAGCAGCGACGGAGACAGAAAUGUGAAUCUUCUCAGAUUAAGCCACCUGAGUCACAAGACCGUGGAUUUGUGCCAGCAACAGAGAGUGAAAAAUUUUUUCAGAAGAGACUUAAAGAAAUCCUCAAGCAAAAUGACUUCUCUGUAACGUUGUCAGGAUCAGUGGACUACAGUAAUGGAUCAGAGGAGUUCUCUGCUGAGCUAACACUACAUUCUGAGGUACUUUCUCCUGAAGCCUUUCAGUGUACGCCAGCUAAUAUGGUAGAAGUGCAUAAAGAUAAAAAGAUGAACAAAGGUGAGAUGCAUACUGAUAAAGAAGAGGAAGCACUUAUUAAUGAAGAAGCAAUUUUAAACAUUGUGGAGAAUAGUCAGAGCUUUCAGCCUUUGUCUCAAAGACUGAGUCAGACUACAGUUUUUAUGGACAGUAGUGCUGAUGAGGCCAUGAUUGAUCUGUUGGCUGGAUUGGAGAAUGAUGGAUAUCAGAUGGGACAUCACAAAACACUCUCUCACCAUCGUUCUCUUGGAAGCUGUCGAAAUUCUCAGAACAGUGAUGAUGAAGAAAAUGAACCACAGUGCGAGAAAGAAGAAAUGGAGCUUAGCUUGUUAAUGUCUCAAAGGUGGGACAGUAACAUUGAAGAGCCUGGGCCAAAAAGAAGGUCAGCUGGCAAAAAUAUGCAUCGAAGUUCAACAGAAGAAGAUUCAUCUUCAGAGGAAGAAAUGGAGUGGAGUGGUAACAAUAUGCUCCUAACUAAUCUCUCUAUACCUCAGUUAGAUGGGACUGCAGAUGAAAAUGGCGACAAUCCUUUGAAUAAUGAAAGUUCUCGAACUCACUCCUCCGUCAUUGCAACAAGCAAAAUGUCUGUAAAGACCUCAAUCUUUCACAAAGAUGCUGCUACGCUAGAACCCCCAUCUUCUGCUAAAAUUACUUUUCAGUGUAAACACACAAGUGCCCUUUCUAACCAUGUUUUGAACAAUGAAGAUUUAGUAGAAGACCUCUCACAACCAAACGCAGAAACAAGACCUGAACUUUCAGUCCAUUCUCUUACAAAAGAAAGCACUUACUCAGCAAAGUACCCAACUCCAUUCAGCAAUAGUACCCAUGCAGAAAACUCUCACAAAGAGAGUAACAAGAAAGAUACUCUCCCGGUUCCUUCAUGUGAAAAUAAUAUUUUUGAUUAUGAAGAUGAUAUUUCAUCAGUAAGCAGACAGAUACCUAGUAGGAAGUAUACUAGCAUCAGAAAGGCUGAAAAGGAUGUCUCUUUUAUGCAUGUGGGCCGCCACAUUGGUGACAGCAUGUUGAAUAAAAACUUGUUUAACUUUUCCGAUUUGAGCCACUCCAAAGGGAAAAUGUCCUCUGAAGUAAAUGAAAAAUCCAGCGGCGCGAGUAUGAAUAGUUAUUUUCCAGCAACGGUUACAGAAAAUUGUGAAUUGGUGUCUUGUUCAGGAAGCAGUCGAACUGCGGUUCAUUCACUUGAAAAUAACACUGAUGAAGGUGGCCUUAAUAAGCUUAAAAUUAGGUAUGAAGAAUUUCAGGAGCAUAAGGCAGAAAAGCCAAGCCUCAGUCAACAAGCAGCACAUUAUAUGUUCUUUCCUAGUGUUGUUCUUUCUAAUUGUCUCAGUCGACCACAGAAGUUAGCUCCUGUGACGUAUAAAUUACAGCAAGGCAACAAACAGUCCAGGCUGAAGCUGAAUAAAAAGAGACAUGGUUUUAUCAAUCAUCAGGAGCCUGCAAAUGUAAAUGAUGUUGCGUCAGUGAAGGAAAGCUGCUAUACACAAGGUAAUGCUUGUAGUAACAUUCCUGAUAAGGAUAGUGCUUUACCUAGCGACAUAGUUCAAGUUCCUCUUGAGGCUUUUGAAAACAAAAUGCCUACAAGUACUGCUAAUUAUACUGACUGCCAUUUUGCAGAUGGGUCUCUUGAAACUGAGCAGUCAUUUGGAUUAUGUGGGAAUAAAUAUACGCUCCGAACGAAACGGAAGGUAAACUAUGAGACUGAAGACAGUGAAUCAAGUUUUGUCGCACACAACUCAAAAAUUAAUCUACCUCAACCAAUAGAAAGUGUUGAAAGUUUGGAUGGGUCUCAGAAGUCUCGAAAGCGUAGAAAACUUUCUAAAAAAUUGCCACCUGUUAUUAUUAAAUAUAUUAUCAUCAAUAGAUUUAGAGGGAGAAAAAAUAUGCUUGUUAAACUAGGGAAAGUAGAUUCUAGUGAGGAAAGAGUAGUACUCACAGAGGAAAAGAUGAACUUAUAUAAAAAGCUUGCACCUUUAAAGGACUUUUGGCCAAAAGUUCCUGACUCUCCUGCAACCAAAUAUCCUAUUUAUCCACUAACACCAAAGAAAAGUCACAAAAGGAAAGCAAAACAUAAGUCAACCAAGAAAAAAGCUGGAAAGCCACAAAAAGCAGGUAGUAGAAAUAUUAAAAGAACUUUAUCUUUCAGAAAAAGAACUCAUACAAUUCUUUCUCCUCCUUCACCAUCCUACAAUGCUGAAGCUGAAGACUGUGACUGUAACUAUAGUGACGUUAUGUCUAAGUUAGGUUUUCUUUCUGAGAGAAGCACAAGCCCAGUAAACACAUCUCCACCUCGCUGCUGGUCUCCCACUGAUCCAAAAGCAGAAGAAAUUUUGACCAACCUGGACAGAGAAGCUUUAUUUAGUAGGGGGCCCAAUAUGUACAACAGCAAGACUGUUAAUUCUAAUGUAGGAAAGACUAGUCGAGCAAAAACUCAGGUUAAGAAAUGUAAAAAGAAGUUCGCUAGCCCCACUGUAUCUACCAAGAAAAAGAAGAUGAUUAAUCAGGCUGAUAUAACAGCAGAUGAUGGAAAGAAGAAACCUAGAGCAAAACAAAGACAAAAAACAGCUGAAAAAGCAUCCUCAAGAAAGCGUGUUGUAUUUAAAGAUGAAAAAGGAAAUACUCGCUCUACUGCAGAAGUAAAGUUUGUGCUGAAACAUCAAGAUCUGCCUGAGAUUUCUUACCACUCUGUCAACGCACAGUCACUUCAUAACCGGAAAGACAUUCCUCUUCCAGGCUAUUCAACAGGAUAUCUACCAUCAGCACCACUCCCUUCAGCAGCUGAUGCACAAGGUAAUUCAUCAGGCUGUUUUCAUUCACUGAUGGAAGUUGAUAAGCCUGUAGAUGCACAGUGUGUACCUGCUCCACGAGAAGACCCUCAUUCAUCUCUUGCAUCUACUCCUGUGGCAUCUGGAAGGGAAGUACCAAAAAUGAGCUCUCAAAGGCCCAGGACUCAAAGUGCUAUAUUUAGAAUGAAGGAUUCUCCUCUUAUUCAAAACAUAUUUGAUCCAUCUAGUCACUCAGCUCAGGUAACACAGAAUGCACGCAUCUCUAAAGAGAAGACUUCUGCAAAAGCAGAAGAGAGAAAAAAUUUGCAAACCACAUAUUUACCAGCAGCUGGGAAAUUAAAUGAAGCUUGUGACUCUUUGGACACAGCAAAGAUGGAUCAGUUGCAUGCCACUAACUAUUUGCAUUGUAAAGACAAUAAUCAACAGCAGAUUUUUUGUUUACCAGAGGCAUCCAAGCAUUCUGAUCCUUGUUCUUCUAUUCUUAAGUUGUCUGAGGAAAGCCCUGGGCCACUUCAGUUGCCCAAGAACUGUUUCGUAACGUCUUUGAAGAGUCCAGUGAAACAGUUAAAUUGGGAUCAAAACCAGAGAGGGUUUGUUUUAGGUAUGUCUCAUUUUAAACCUGAAACAGUAAAACAAAAGUCUCUGUCAGAAACAACCAUGCAACCAAAACCCAUCUCCCAGUAUAAAAACAGGACGAUAGUGGCCCCAUCAGCGUUCGGUGAAGGGCAGUCUGGCCUAGCUGUUUUGAAAGAGUUGCUCCAGAAGAGACAACAGAAGGCUCAGAAUGCAAAUCUUACACAGGAACCAUUACGAGCUAAAACACAGCUGAGCAAGAGUACAUCAUGCCCUCUGGAACAGAAUAAAGCAGUCAAAAGGUCACGGUCAGUCACAUCGCCAAGAAAAUCUCGUGCUCCCAGGAAUACAAAACCUAAAGAAAAAACACCAAAAAUUUCAAAAAUGGAGUCUUUAAGCCAGCAGAUCACUAGUCGCAUUGAUCACUCUGUGUCUGAUGACAGCCCCGUAAUUUUUUCAGACCCUGGUUUUGAAAGCUGCUACUCACUUGAAGACAGCUUGUCUCCAGACCACAAUUAUAACUUUGAUAUUAAUACUAUAGGGCAAACUGGAUUUUGCAGUUUUUAUUCUGCAAGCCAGUUUGUCCCAGCAGAUCAAAAUUUGCCCCAGAAAUUCUUGAGUGAUGCAGUUCAGGAUCUUGGUUCUGGACAAACAACAGAAAAUGACUUUCUGUGUCAUAACGACCAAAAAUCUGAGGAAGAAAAGCAGCAUUCUUCAAGCACAAGUAAAUGGAUACGGUCUGGUGCCCUGAGCCCUGAGCUUUUUGAGAAAACCUCACUGGAUGACAAUGAGAACCACUGCCAUAGCCAAUGGAGGAAAAAUGUUCAUCCUUCAACUUCUAGAUCUAGUUCCGUCGAUGCCUCUUGUACACAAGAGAUUGAGGUCUGUUUAAAUGAAAAAUUCAAAUUGAAUAGAAAUACAGUAAAUAAAGAGAGGUUUCUUAACCUUCCUCAGCCAACCAGCUCAGACUGGAUUCAAAGCCACAUUAGAAAAGAAACCACUUUUGAACCCUGUCAACCACUUGAUUCAGCUAAUACCUCUUUUACAUCUGUAUUGUCUUCUCCUGAUGGUGAACUUAUAGAUGCAAAUUCCGAGGAUUUAGAAUUAUAUGUUUCGAGAAACACUGAGGCAUUAACUCCAACUCCAGAUAGUUCACCAAGAUCAACGAGUUCUCCCUCACAAUCAAAAAAUGGAAGUUUUACACCUCGUACUGCUCACAUUCUUAAGCCUCUCAUGUCCCCACCCAGUCGUGAAGAAAUCAUGGCAACUUUGCUGGAUCAUGAUCUUGCAGAAACAAUUUAUCAGGAACCAUUUUGCAGCAAUCCUUCAGAUGCCCCAGAAAAGCCAAGGGAGAUUGGAGGACGACUUCUCACAGUGGAAACCAGACUUCCAAAUGACCUGCUUGAGUUUGAGGGAGACUUCUCAUUAGAAGGUCUACGACUCUGGAAGACUGCAUUUUCUGCAAUGACAGAAAGUCCUAGACCAGGGUCUCCUCCUCGUUAUGGUCACUCUACUGUUAAUAAAAGAGAAAGUAAUAGCCAUAAAACUAGUGAAGACAAAAAAAUAGUCAUAAUGCCAUGCAAGUGUGCUCCAAGCCAACAGCAAGUUCAGAUAUGGCUUCAUGCCAAAGAAGAGUAUGAACAUUUCAAGAAAUUGCCUAAGAAUCAUCCUGCUGAGCUGGCAAAGGCAGCUGAAAAUUUCAGCUCUGCAGUAUUGUCUGAAGAGAAAUCUAUAGAAGUAGAAACCUGUGAUAAGUCUGUAAGCACUAUAGGAACUUUUAUAAAUACUAAAAAUGACAUAGACUCUAAUAAAACUCCAUCUGAAAGCAAGACGCUUAUUACUUCAACACUAGAACAUGAUAAGGAGGAGGAGGAGGAGGAUUAUUAUGUCAAUUACAGUUCACCAGAUUCUCCAGUACUUCCUCCUUGGCAGCAAGUAGCGUCUCCAGAUCCCAAGCAAUCCAAUUUAGAAGACACAGAGUGGAAAAGUCAGGAUAUUAUUUUGUCUUCUAUGGAAGAAAAUGAUGUAGUACCUGUUGGAAGUGCACAAAACUCUCCAUCCACCCAAAAGGACAUGAGGACAUCCCUUGCCACGUCUCCAUUUCCAGUUAAUGAAGAUGCUAGAAAUUCUGAAUCGGUUUGCCUGCAUAGUACACCCAUUGUGCAAAGAAAAAAUCAAGAUGGAUUACCUGAAGUUCUUGGGUUUACUCCUUUAUCCACAGAACCAAAAGCCCAGAAACUGAGCCACAAGAGGGGAAAUAAUACUGAUGGUCUUCGAAGAGUACUUCUAACCACACAAAUGAAGAAUCAAUUUGCUGCCCUCGGUGCUCCAAAGAGAGAGACUUCUCAGAUUGAAGGACCAUCUUUAAAUAACACUUAUGGUUUUAAAGUCAGUGUGGAAAACCUGCAGGAAGCAAAAUCUUUACAUGAGGUUCAACACCUGACCCUCAUCAGUAUGGAGCUACAUGCUCGAACCAGACGAGAUUUGGAACCAGAUCCAGAGUUUGAUCCAAUCUGUGCUUUAUUCUAUUGCGUCUCAUCAGACACAGCGCUGCCAAAUACUGAUAAAAAAGAAAUCACUGGUGCUAUAGUGAUUGAUGGAGACAGGACGCUCACAAGCCAAGGGAGCAGAGACCAAGCCCCCUUGCUCACAAGAUCUGGAGUUACAGGACUAGAAGUCAGUUACGCUACUGAUGAAAGAACUCUUUUCCAGGAAGUAGUGAAUAUUGUAAAAAGAUAUGACCCAGACAUUUUAUUAGGCUAUGAAGUCCAGAUGCAUUCCUGGGGUUAUCUCUUACAGAGGGCUGCUGCAUUAAAUGUUGAUUUAUGCCAGAUGAUUUCUCGUGUGCCAGAUGAAAAGAAAGAGAACAGAUUUGCAGCUGAGAUGGAUGAAUACGGAUCAGAUACAAUGAGUGAAAUAAAUAUUGUUGGGCGAAUUGUCUUAAAUAUUUGGAGAAUGAUGAGAAAUGAGGUGAAUCUAAUGAAUUACACUUUUGAAAAUGUGGGCUUUCAUGUUCUUCAUCAACGUUUUCCUUUAUUUACUUUCCGAGUUCUGUCUGAUUGGUUUGAUAAUAAGGCAGAUGUCUACAGGUGGAAAAUGGUUGAUCAUUAUGUUAGCCGGGUCCGUGGGAAUCUCCAGCUGUUAGACAAACUGGAUUUGAUUGACAGGACAAGUGAAAUGGCGAGACUUUUUGGGAUUCAGUUCUUACAUGUAUUAACAAGAGGCUCCCAGUAUCGUGUGGAGUCGAUGAUGCUGCGUGUUGCAAAGCCAAUGAAUUAUAUUCCUGUGACACCCAGUAUCCAGCAGCGAGCUCAAAUGAAAGCCCCGCAAUGUGUUCCCCUAAUAAUGGAGCCGGAAUCUCGCUUCUACAGCAAUGCUGUUCUUGUGUUAGACUUCCAGUCAUUAUAUCCUUCCAUUGUGAUAGCAUACAACUACUGUUUUUCAACCUGCCUGGGACAUGUUGAAAACUUAGGAAAAUAUGACGCAUUCAAAUUUGGCUGUACAUCUCUCAGAGUACCUCCCGACUUACUUUACCAGAUUAGGCAUGAUAUCACAGUGUCGCCCAGUGGAGUGGCUUUUGUCAAGCCUUCAGUAAGAAAGGGUGUGCUGCCAAGAAUGCUAGAAGAAAUCUUGAAGACGAGGAUAAUGGUGAAGCAGUCAAUGAAGGCUUAUAAACAUGACAAGGCUAUAACUCGAAUGCUUGAAGCUCGUCAGUUGGGUCUUAAAUUUAUAGCUAAUUUCACGUUUGGUUAUACUGCUGCUAAUUUUUCUGGAAGAAUGCCAUGCACUGAGGUUGGGGACAGCAUUGUCCACAAAGCCAGAGAAACAUUGGAGCGUGCUAUAAAACUGGUGAACGAUACCAAAAAAUGGGGCGCUCACGUUGUGUAUGGUGAUACUGACAG